GACGAUGUGCAAGUUAGAAUGCCAGUUGUUGCUAUAGAUGAGACCAAAUAGAGCUCGUGCAAGGCUCAGCACUGACGGUUUAUGUACAUGUUUGAUCUACAGACGCACUCCCGGAUCCCAACUUGCAUUGGUCGCUGAGCGAGUUGGAUAGCGGGAACACUCGAGGAGCGAUUGAAUCUUGGUAUUGCAGCGGUCUUGUGGAUCAAGUUACUCCGAUAAAAGGAGACUUGAUCGGCCACGUAGAUGGUAACGGACUGAAGAAGGGGUAUAGUUCUCAUAAUUCACAAUUUACCCGAUGUGCGGUUCAGACCAACGGUCUUUCAAGUCUAGUUUUCAAACCGUUCAUCCGGAGCUGCCUAACCGACCUUGCCUGCUGUAACCCGGCUAAUGGCAUCACUGUGAGUUUCUGGUUCUUUAGGAUAGAAAUACAGACGACUCCCCUCCAAGUGUUUCGCUCCCCUUACCUCCUCGCUACUCUGCAGGAACAUACCUGAUAGUGACUUAUCGCCAUGGUAACGAAACAUCAACCGUGAGGGCCAUAACUCCUACUUCCGACUGGAAGUUCGUGACUAUAACCUGUGGCCCAGAUGCGAGAGAUCUCAAGGUCUAUCUCAACAAGGUCGAAGUCAAUGACACUGGGUCUAACUUUACGCAGGAUGCGUGGUUGUCGCUGGCCGAGUUUGAAGUAGCCAACGCAUCUUUCCAAGUAUUCACGACGGAAGGCAGUGCAAACGUAACGUCAUUAGACGUUCAUCAAAUCAGGAUCACGGAUCUGAGGAUCUAUUAUGAUGCCCUUUCGCCUGAAGAUGUGGAACGAGUGUAUACCAGUGAACUGGGUCAAGAUCGUCCCGCAAAGGUCAUACGCAUGCAGACACAGAGGAAACUAUUCUUAGACUCCUUGACCCAGGAGAAUAUUGACCACAUCUGGCUUAAGUGCUUAAUACGCGUACACUAUGAAGCACGAUUCAGCGUACGUUUUAUGUACACAAACGAUUACAGGAACGGGCCAUUCCAGGAGAUGACACCAGACGUCUUCAAAAUGAGAACUUAUCACAAUCGUGCCAGCAAUCGGGCUCACCCGAUAGUCGAGGUCCAGAUACUUGGUCGAUAUGACGGCAAGGCAUUGCCCCUGUACUACACAUGUGACACGGUCUCUGACAGUAAGGUCAGUGGUUACGGAUACGAAAUCACCAGGAUUCAGUAUACUACAAAUAUUGUGGAACCCACGUAUUAUUGGACCAAGUUUUUUGACGAGGGCCCACCUGUUGACGGCGAGGAGUCUGAGACAAAGGAAUCUCACAAAGCGCUGGCUAUUGCAGAUGGAUAUGAUUUGUUUUGCGAUAGCCCUGUCUAUGCUGAAUGUCGCUUAAAGGCCACGGUUUCUAGUACAGCCUCCGUUCCCUGGUACGAUGCAACCCCUACAUUCGUUCCUCAGUACGACUUCCCGUGCAAUAGGAAUGGGAUUCGAUGUACCUCGCAAGUCGACAAAGAUACUAAUCAAACGUGUCCAGAUCUGGAAGUCCGUUAUGCUUGUUGCACCCCUAGUGAAGAUUUGACCGAAGCUCCUCCUCCAACACAAUCAAAUUCCGAGCAGCCCUCGAUUGUCAGAGAACCGUCUGAUAGUGUACAAGAAGAACCCUCCACAACACCACCAACAGGCCAUGACCAACAGGCUACAAGAGCUACAAGAGCGCCAGGCACGAACAAAGACACCAAGGAACCUUUCCAGAAGGUUAUCAAGAACAAUCUGAAUUGGAUUUACCCUGUGGCGAUUGUGGUAUUCGGAGCUGGAAUUCCAGUCAUAAUAUCCUGCUACUUUCUCUGGCGAAAGAAAACUCCAGAAGAAAUUGAAGAAGAAAUAUUAGCAGCUGAGAAGAAGGAGGCCGCCAAGCGUCCUACGAGUGCCAGAGGAAAACCUUAAUUUCCUCCCUCCCGGACUCCCUCCCCCCCCCCUCUCUC